CCUAUCUUUGAAACGAACUAAAGAAAAAUCGAAAUUUUCGUCUGUCUCGAAUAAUAAAAUUUAAAAUCUAAAUGCUACCGUCGCAUUUUUUGGACUUAUUUACGUUUUUGAAUUCAGCUCUAACCGCAUCCUAAAAAUGUUAUAAUGGCCACUGUGGAAAAUAGGUUGAAUCGCAGAAAAGGUAAACAUGAUGGCGAUACUUAUAGGUUAGACACUAAAAAGUCGCCAGAAGAGAAUAUAAUUGAAAUUAUUAAAGGUCUGUAUUCAAAAAAGCCCUCCCACAGUGAUACUUCAACUUCACCGACAAACAGAAGUGUGCUUAAUGAGAGAUUAGGAUUGAGACCUCAAAAAAGUAGUUCUGACAGCUACAGAUGGUCCUACUUGGAGGCAUUAGUCACACUACUACAUAAAGAAGACAGGAAUAACCUAGGAUUUACUCCAGACGAGCUGAUGACUUGCAUCCGCAUCAGUUUAAUUGAUGAGUCUAUGGUUAUAAGAGCAGCAGCGUUAAGAGUCUUGCGCUAUUUAAUUAAAACAGAAACGGAUGUUGCCACAUUCAACAAUUUAAAGCUGCCUUACCUUGUAAUAAGGUCAAUGGACUUGAUGCUUCGUAACGAAGAAGAGCGUGCGCAAGCUUUGAAAGUCGUCCGUCGUGUGAUUGCUGUGGUAGGCGCCGUUGAACAGGGACACAGAAAACAUCGAGCUGCUUACAUUGACCAAGGUCUUCUGCGAUGUCUCGCGGCAGUAGCCAGGGCCGGCAGUGCUGGGGAUGGCAGUGGGGACAGGUUGUCUAGACCGGCCAUCGCAACUCUUGCGGAGAUAUGCGUUCUAAACCCGGAUCUAUUUAUAUCUUGCGGUGGAGUGACGGCAGUGACGCGGCAGCUGGCCGAGUGCGCCACUCCGCGGAUGGCGGAGGCGCUCUGUGGGGUGCUGUUACAUACGCUCAAUGACCCCAAGUCGCGAAACGCAGCGCGGAUUGACCUUACGUGCCUCAAUUCGCCGUAUUGCGAUUUCCACUUCAGACCCGCCGGCACAGAUACUAAUAGGGAUGAGCGCGAGAUGCGGUUCACGUGCAGUCGGCUCGCACUGCUGUGCGUGCUGCGCAGCUGGCCGGGCUUGCUGCACUUCUGCCACCCUUGCAGCGCGGGCGGCCUGCACGCGCUGGUCGCGGCGCUGUCCCUGCCGCGGCUGGAGGUCCGAAAAGCAAUUUUGGACUUGCUGUAUGAAUUGGUUGGACUGCCCCAACCAGAGUGGACAGAUGAAAUUUCCGUUGCGCUGGAUGCCGUCGAUCCUGCUGAUUUUCAAGAUUCCUGGCGACUAAACGAAGGUUUCGUAGCGGCAGAAGGCGUUGCAAUUUUACCUCACUUAAGUGCUACUGGCCCGGACAUAAUUGAAAUCCAUCUUGCACUUCUACUUCAGUGUUUCUUGGAGGCCGGCCUUCUAGAUGGAUUAGCCGAAGUAAUAGUGACAAGUGAUACAUUUAUAUCGGUCAGAGCCACCGUACUGUUAGGCCAACUGUUGCAUUUAAUACACCUGUUCCUACCUCCUCAAAUAUGUAAUAUAACUCCCGCACUGCCCUCCCUCAUAUCGCAAGCGUCGGCCGGGAAGCCUCAAGCUCUCGCGGCUGUCGCGGCGCUCAAACGGCUGCAUUCGAUGUUCGAAUCGCGACCCGCGAGCAACAGCCUGUUCCUAGAUCACAUACUCCAGUAUUGCAGCGGUGCAUUUAAAUCUAAGAUAGAAGAUACCUCGAAGAGUCGAAAGGAAAAAGACAAUAGAGCGAGUAAAGCCAAACCGAUGUGCGCGUUGGACUUGCACAAAGAUAACAGCAUAGAGUUCUUGAAUGAAUCUGACACGGAAUGCGAGCCGAAGCGACACAGCAUCGGUUCGAGGGCCGAUGUUGCGAUCAGAAAAAAUGUUAGUGCGCUAGUGAAAAGUACAAGUGUCGGUUCACGGACUAGUACCGCUGUGACGAAAACCGCGAAGUUCUUCAGUUUUUGGGACCGAGGGGACAGUGAUAGUUUAAUAAAAUCUUCCCUUGUCCUGCAAAAUAAAGAUGGCAAUACUUGGAAUUGGGAAAUCAUUCGGACUAUUCUAAAGGAAACAAACAGCACACCUUUGUUGAAUCUGAACGACAGCGGACACAGAGACUGGGCUAGUCGCAUUAUUAACUACUUGAAACCAUCCUCCAAUAAGUAUUCUCACACGGAUCUGUCGACCACGUGUAACGGACACUCGCCCACGCGUGCCGGAUGUCAGCUAAUACGGCAUCUGUUACGUCACAAUGAUGUUGAUACUCAGAGGAUGCUAAAAGAUCUGUUCACGGACGUGAGUCGACAGAUCGAGGCGAUAGAGACGGGUCGGAAAGCGCACGAGUGCUUGUUCAGUCCGCAACAUAUGUGCAAUACGAUGUGCCAGAUGUACUUCCUCUUCAUCGGGCAGUUGUGUCACUCACACGCUGGGCUACGGCUGUUCAAACAGACUGGGCUCUAUGAAAAUCUCCUAGAACUAUCUACUAAGACUCACCAUAGUUGUUACGUAAAAUUAGUUAUAUCAAGCUUAGAUUAUUCCAUGGAUUCGAGUCCACGGGACGUACUUGCCAAAACACUAACAUGCAAUAUCCUAGCCUCAAGAUUGUAUGCAACUCAGUUCCUAAACGUACUCUUAAGAGCCUCGCGAAAGUCUAGAGAUUUGGUGAGAAAAAAGUCCAAACUCAAGAAGCAUGUUGUACCAGAAUACUCAAAGUUCACGCAGAGAGAUGAAAUUGAAGUGACUGGCGGUGUGGACAUGGAUACUUGGAUUUUGCAAAUGUUGGUCGGACAAGUCAAAGAUGAGUCGAAGGCUGUUGUGAAGUGUGCUUUGAAUAUUCUAGAAGAAGCUUAUAGCGUACCGAUAUUCUUCGAAAAGUUAAUGACAAUGAGGGAUGCUCUCGCUCAAAACUGUCGACUGGACAAAGCGGCUGAACCAGCUGCUUUGGACCUCUCAGCGGUGGGGGACCGGGGUUACCUUCUAUGGCUUGGACUAGAAGUGGCUGCUGCGGCUCAAAAAGUCGACUCGAAUGCUAUUACGUUCGUGAAGAAACACUUAGAUUUCUGGAACAAAUCUUAUAACUAUAGAUACGUGCGGCUGGUGGAGGCGGUGGUGCACGAGGCGCUGACGCUGGCGGAGGAGUCGCGGCGUCCGCGCAACGCACGCCGCGUGGCGCGCCCGCCGCCGCACCUGUUCGCCGCGCUGGCGCGCCCCGCGCCCGCCGCCCCGCCGCCUUUCACCAAGGGCCUACUCGCCGCCGCCCUGCCGGCACACUAUAAGAUUCUACAGAAAAAGAAAUGUAUUACGGAGCAAGAGAUUGCUGACUUGAAGGCAUCAUUAUGGGCGGUGGGCAACACGGGUGUGACCCCGCAAGGCCUGCAACAGCUAAUCAACUUAAGCAACGGUUUUAUGGAAGAUUCCGUCCCUGUCCAUAUAGUGAGUUUGGCCAGAUACAGCCCAGUGUAUUCAGUACGGGCAACCGCCUUCUAUGUUCUGGGUCUGAUUGGAAGUACUUAUGACGGUGCUAACUUACUUGCGGAUCUAGGUUGGUUAUGUGUCCGACAUACCAGACAUGACCAGUUUCCAGUAAUACCCGAUGAUACUUUACCCCACAUAUUGGACUCAAACGAGACAGCUAACGCUUACAUCACCUCGCCCGAUCGACGAUUUAACGCACUCGAUAUAGAUUUAAGCGAACAGUCCGACCACACAGACCAGAGCACGGCAGAGAGUUUACACUCCGAGCAUAUUAAGUUAAACAGGACGAUAGGUGCAAUAUCCAUAGACCAUACGGAAAAGGAUCAAGAUGUGGUCGAUCAUAAAGUUGGGUUCAUUGAACGACGCGAGGACAAAAGAAAAUCUCACACACUUCCAACACAAGGUUCCAGUUCACAUGAGCGUUCGCUCACAGAAUCUAGAACAGUCGAUAUACUUCGAGACUGUUCGGGUUAUGAACGCGCGCCUCACCGAGUCCAUAUGGAGAAUCGAUUGGGCAGGAUGAACUCCCUGGAUCACGCGCGUGAAGGUCGCGUGAGGAACACCAGUGAAUCCAGUACUAGUGGUGUGAGCAGUUGUGAUUCCUUCCUUGGAAAAUAUGCUAUACCUGAUCGAGUGCUAAAAUUGAGUCCCAUACCGAGUUCGUCGAGUCUGUACGGAAUGAAGAGCAGCAGCAGUUCGCACAGGCCGCGCCUCCCGGAGCCGCAGCGACGGACAUCUACCUCUAGUUACACAACACCGGAUAUAGGCAGUUCGCCUCCAACUCAAAAAGACAUGAGUGGAUAUGCUACAAUACAGUCAUUAAAUAAACACAGAAGGCCUCACUACGUGUCAGAGAGUGGUGCGAGCGAUAUCGACGUGCUAACCUGGUUGCCGUACGACUCCAACCAGCGGCCGAAACCCUUUUCCUCCCUGCGAGACCGAGCCAAAUCAACCCGAGAACGAAUGACUAAGCUUAGUCUACUAGAAUACGACUGGAAACCUCUGACACAAGGAGAAAGUUCUCAAAGAGUUUUUACACCAACUCGUUCAACAAUUCAACUUGCACCGUCCGGACCACGAUCGCCUUACUAUAUAGGAAUAUGCUUACCGCGUAAUCUUAUGGAGCUCUUUCCUAUGGACAAUGACCCCAAAGGAAGUGUAGUGGAGAGUGAUAAGGGAAGUAACAGAGUGACGUCUCUGUUGGCUGACUCCACUACGCCAGACCAUAGUAUUGGUUUUACUAAGAGCGCUGAAAUGCCUUCAGUUACAUCAACAAUAGGCAACAUUCGUACUACGACACCGAUUGCAGCAGCCGUGAGUAACGCUUCUGAAGUGAGUCGAAUAGAAGCUCUGACGGGUAGAAACGUGGAAAACAAACCCGAACCCAAACAAGAUCGGAGCGAGGGAGACAGUAACAUUAAACUUGAAAGUGAAGUAGAGUCUAAGGCAGCUUUAACAGAUCCAGUUAUGGAUAAGAAGAUAGAAGUGAUAGCUAGAGAUGAUAGUUCGAUAGUCACGAAUGUGUUGAGUUCGAACCGCAUAUCGGGCAUCAAAGCGGCGGUAUGGAGGCACUCGGCGGGCGAUUGUUUGGCGUGCGUAAGGACACGCCCGCCGUCUUCGCACGAGCUACGUGAAGCCUUCUUCGCUGAGCUAGAAAGUCCAAGUAGCAGCAGAGCGUCGGGGCGCGUGAGCCCGGCCGCGGCUCCGCAGGCGCAGCUGCUGCACCACGUGCUGUUCAUGUCCAACCCCAUACACUUGCGCCAGGCGCGAUCCGCUCUCCUAACGCUAAAACAACGUCACCCAGACGUGUUCCGCAGCCCGUGCGUGUACUCCGACGUGUGUGCGCUAAUCUCCAGAGACACGUACAUGCUCUGCGCGCGGCGCUUCCUGCAAGAACUGUUCCUAGAUACAAACUUUGAGUGUUUUCUCAGCGAGCCGGCCGCCAUCUUGGCGCGGCACGUGCCCGUGUCCGCACUAUCGCCGACCCUCGAAAUACAAUAGUAUUUAUGUAUGUAUUACGGCUCUUGUGUACUGGUCCGAUCCGAAUCCGAAAAUAAAAUUGACGGCUGCCCAAAUGGAAGACUUCCGUGGGUCGCGGCCGAAACGCCUAAACUAAACAUGAUGAAAAUGUAUGACGUCGGCCGCACGUGACUGACUUUCGGGGUUUGGAAGCGGUACCAUACAUUUUCAGUUUAGUAUUAUCGCGUUAGCCCCCUAGCGUGCGUCAAUGUGCGGCCGUGACCCAUGAAAGUCUACCUUUACGCAGCAGAGAGAGUGCUGUAAAUAGUACUUUCUCGAAUUCGAAUCUGACGCUGUCACUAAUGAUAGCCGAACUCUGAAAGAUUUUUUCGGAUUUGGAUUGGACAAGUACACAGCUCUUAAUCGUGUUUGUUAAAUCAGGUGUCGUCAGCAACGAAAGGUGCGAAUUAUGGAUAAAAUCCAUCUUUAACGUUGUUAUAAUUAUCUAGGAGUUCAUUUAUCACUUGAUUAUGAUGAUUAUAAUAUAGUUAUACUUAAUCAUUAUUCAUGGUAAAGUUAUAAGUUUGUCUUUCCCCUCGGGAAAAUAUCAGUUUGUUUCUGAAUAAUUAUGAUUGAUAUUUUAGUGCGAAAGAAUUUAACAUUUAACCAUAAUAUCUUCUCCUUUUGCUGCUGACUGUACAGUGUGCAUAAAUAAUAAUUAUUAAGAAUUUAAUAUGAUUUGCGGAGAUAAAUUUUUAUUAUAAAUCAAUCCAGCAUAAUAUAGUGUUUCUUUAAAAUUUAAAAUCAUAGAUAGCACUUGCAUAGAAAGUUGGCUUGUUAGUGAUUAACUGAAAUCAAAGAUAUGAAAUAUUUCUGAAUCAUAGGAAAUACAUUAUGGUAUUGUUGCUAUAUAUAAUUAAGUUUUAUGUAACCAUAAUAUUAUUAUAAUUACAUAUUUUGGGUUCAAUCUCUUUUUAUUAUUUUCUUCAAUGAAAAUAAAAACCGUGGAUCAUAGAGAUUUGGUUUUGUUACAGUUGACGAGUUUGUGUGUACUAAUGAAUGCCAAUCGUUUUUGAAGAUAUUUUUUUUAAUUACAUAUAUCAAACAUAUCUAAUUAAAAUAAUGUAACCUAUUAUUUUUGAUGCAGUGUUGCUGCGUACACAUGAUCAUAUUAAAACGAAUUAAAAUAUUAAGAUGAAAAGAAAAUGGCCUCUUUAUAAUAAACAUUUCUCUCACAAGUCAAAGAUUUUAAUUUAAUUGUAAAUAUUAAACUUUUAUGUAGUCGCUUUAUUAUUUAUGCUGUUUUGUGUUAUAUAUAAUACGUAAGCCGACAUUGCAUAAUAUUGCCUUAAUUUAUUACCUACAUUCCCUAAUGCAAGCCACAUAAUUUUGCCACCCGAAAUGCUAUUUAUUGACAGUAGCUUUAAUGCAAAAUAUUUAUUUUACGUGCCCAGGCUACACUAAUAAAAGACAGUUGAAAAAUACCAUUUUUAUCUUAAACAAAAAAAUACAUAUUGUGACCUAUAAAUCAACAACAAUAUUAAUAAUUAGUGUAUAAAUUAUAACCUAAUAACUACAUAAUAAUAUGAUAACAUGAUAUAAUCAAUAAAAUUAUUAGCAUUUGUGGAUAUUUAUUAUAUUGAAAUACACAUACCUACUGAUGUUAUUAGAAGGGAAUGCAUAAUAUGAUAAGCAAGGAUUGUAAUCACGUUUUGUGGUUUAAAAGGUAAGUGAUGGAUAAAGGGUAAACUUAUGAAAAAUUGGAAAGUCCUG